UCGGAAUUCCGUUGGCGUCGCGCGCGUUCGUCGUGUCUUUUGACGUUCAAAAAUUUCGCAUAUCCAAAUAAGGCAUUUUAAUAAUUUCCACGCUGGUUCUUUGCCGCCCAUGGCAGACCUCUUCGUUCCAACUUAGUAAACUAUCCAACACCGAUCAGAACGCUUCAAGACGCACCGUACAAUUUCCAAAAUUGGACGCGAGUGAAUGCAUGUGUUUGCGCAUUGUUAUCAUCACGUUUUGUUUUCCUUGCGGGGGGGAAGAAAGGAAUAACACGACGGCAAAGAAACGACAACAGCAAAGGAAAAAGGGAUAAAUAAGAGUAUAGAGCGGUACGCGGAUUAAUAUUACUCUCUUUUCUCUCCUUUCUUGUUUCCUCGAUUUUUGAAUGUGUCGCUGUUUGUGGUUGGUGGCACGUACUUGGUGUUUCCGCUGAGAAAAGUACAUUGGAUUUACUUGGGUCGGUGAAGGCGGAGCGGACGGGUGGACCAAGUGCUGAAGAAGAAAUCAUCGAACAUAGUUGCAGGGUAGAAGUUAGCAUUCGCAAAAACCAAGAUGUCUUUUCGUGUUGUGAGAAGUUCAAAAUUUCGUCACGUUUAUGGGCAACCUCUUAAACGUGAGCAGUGCUAUGAUAAUAUCAGGGUCAGCAAAAGUUCCUGGGAUUCGACGUUCUGUGCAGUCAACCCCAAGUUCUUAGCUAUCAUCGUCGAAUCGGCGGGUGGCGGAGCAUUCAUCGUUCUUCCCCACAAUAAAGUGGGUAGAAUCGCUGCAGAUCAUCCACUGAUCGGCGGACACAAAGGGCCGGUGCUAGAUAUCGCCUGGUGUCCGCAUAAUGACAACAUCAUCGCUUCUGGGUCGGAGGAUUGCGUGGUGAAAGUCUGGCAUAUUCCCGAUGGCGGACUGAUCAAGACGCUGACGGAGCCGCUGGUCGACUUAAAGUAUCAUCAGAGGCGCGUCGGGUUGGUCCUUUGGCAUCCCACUGCGCAGAACGUCCUUCUGACGGCUGGAAGCGAUAACCAGGUGGUCAUCUGGAACGUCGGUACCGGUGAACCUAUGGUUCAGAUAGACUCGCAUCCGGACAUAGUAUACAGUGCGUGCUUCAACUGGGAUGGCUCCAAAUUGCUCACCACUUGCAAGGAUAAGAAGAUCCGUAUCAUGGAUCCAAGGACGGGAGAAAUCGAGGCGGAGGCACUCUGCCACGAAGGUACUAAGGCGACGAGAGCAAUCUUCUUGAGGCACGGACUUGUCUUCACCACUGGCUUUUCAAGAACAUCUGAGCGGCAGUACUCUCUUCGUACUCCGGAUUGCCUGAGCGAACCCAUCGUGAUGGUAGAGCUCGACACAUCGAACGGAGUGAUGUUCCCGCUUUAUGACCCGGACACCAAUUUGGUAUAUCUCUGCGGAAAGGGCGACUCGGUGAUACGGUACUUCGAGAUCACGCCGGAGCAACCGUACGUACACUACAUCAACACCUUCCAGACGCCGGACCCGCAGCGCGCCAUUGGAAUGAUGCCCAAGAGAGGAAACGACGUGACCAGCUGCGAGAUUUCGCGAUUCUACAGGUUGAACAACUCAGGCCUCUGUCAGGUGAUCACGAUGACGGUACCCAGGAAAUCAGAGCUUUUCCAGGAAGAUCUCUAUCCUGACACGCUUGGUGACACGCCUGCACUUACCGCGGAGGAAUGGAUUGAAGGCAAGAACGCUGAGCCUUUGCUUAUCUCCCUCAAGGAUGGCUAUAAACCGCCUGAGUCCAAGCGCAUCAACAUCAUGGACAAGAUUUCCCCGAAAACUGGAAGCAAACGAAAUGCUCCUCCCGCUUCGCCGACGUCUCAGGAUAAAACUUUGCAAAAGUUCGCGGACGAAAUUAGGAAAUUAAAGGCCAUGAUCGUGAAGCACGAGAACAGGAUUCGAGUAUUGGAGGCGGCUGUUGGCAUCAGCGAUGAGGAUGGUCCAGGAGGCGAUGGCCUGAACGCCAAUCCGCCACCACCUCUUGCGAUGGAUGACGAGGUGUGAUAAAUCGCAGCCAACCAUUCGUUUUUCAUGCCAUCAUCUCCCAACUUUCGUCAACUGUUUUUGUACUUAAUUGUAUAUAUAUACAUAUAUAAUAUGAAGUUAUUAAUUAAUUUAUUACAUUUUUCGGCCAAAAUGUUUUAAAAUGAGCAGAUGAAGAAGAAGCGCAAGAACAAAUCCAUCGAUUGUUUGUUAUAUCAUAGCUUACUACUACCACUUACUCACUAUAUAUUACUACUAUGUUUGUUUGAUUUAUUACUUUUUUUUAUAAGUGCAAUCACGCUGCUAAUUUUAGGGCUACCUUCAAUCAAUGACCUCUCUAAUUAUCCUAACUAACGAAGGUGAGUUCCACACUUAAUACUGUAUCAUUUAUUAGUAAUUUCGCGGCAAAUUGAUUAUUAACCUCACCAGAUCUCCCCUAACAACUAAUCGGUUUCUUUA